AUGUUCGCAGCCACGAUGAUCUUCGCACCGCUCGCGCACUCGCGGGCCUUUGCAACAUUCCUCGUCGCAAUGUGCGGUAUCCCCUGGGCCAUAAGUGGCUGGGCACCGUUCGCAUUCAUGGGCGUGGAAAUCAACAAAUUGACCAUGAACAGCUAUGCAGGUGCCCCGGGGAUGUCAGCGCAAGCUACCCGCUCAGGCGUGACCAUGAUUACGUCCGCAAGUUUGCGCAAUCCCGCCGCGGACACGGAGCUGGAAGUGCUUCGGUUGAAUCAUCGUGACUCGGACAGUGAUACCGAUGAGGAAGAUCAGGCCUCGAAUAUUCCUUCUACUGGUGAAUUGGCUGGUAUUUACCUUGGCGUGUUGAAUGUGUAUACCACGCUUCCGCAAUUCGUUGGCACAUUCAUUAGUUGGAUCGUGUUUAGUCUUUUGGAGCCUGGUGCGCAACCUAAUAAGGACAGUGAUGCCUCGGAUACACAGUGGAUGAAUCUGGAUAAGGAUAAGCCUAACGCGAUUUCGAUCUGUCUGUUCAUCGGUGCGAUUAGCGCCCUUAUUGCUGCUGAGGCGACCCGUCGAUUGCGGUAUGUCCCUUAG